AUGGAUUCUAUCUCAUCAAAUUGCAGAUUUGAUCGAGAUUUGAGAUGGAGAACAGGAGUACAACUAAUUCCAGUUGUUUGCAAGAGUUCUAAUGGUUUCAAGAUCACUAAAGCUGCAUUAGAGGAAGCAUAUGAGAAAGCCCAAGAAGCCAACAUCAAUGUAAAAGGAAUUCUCAUUACCAAUCCAUCAAACCCUUUAGGAACAAUCUUGGACAGAGAGACACUUCAAAGCAUAGUGAGUUUCAUCAACAAGAAGAAAAUCCACUUAAUCUGUGAUGAGAUAUAUGCAGCAACAGUCUUUAGCCAACCCAAAUUCAUAAGCAUUGCAGAGAUAAUAGAAGAAGAAGAAGAAGAAGGUAAUUGCAAUAGAGAUUUAAUCCACAUUGUUUAUAGUCUCUCAAAGGAUAUGGGUUUCCCAGGCUUCAGAGUUGGAAUACUAUAUUCAUAUAAUGAUGAAGUUGUGAACUGUGCUCGUAAGAUGUCAAGCUUUGGACUUGUUUCCACACAAACACAACAUCUAAUAGCAACUAUGUUAUCAGAUGAUGAGUUUGUAGAAGGGUUUAUGGCAGAGAGUUCAAAGAGGUUAGCAAAAAGGUAUAAUUUCAUCAGAAAUGAGCUUAGUAAAGUAAAGAUUGAAUGUUUAGAAAGCAAUGCAGGUCUGUUUUGUUGGAUGGAUUUGAGGAAAAUGCUUAAAAACCCAACAUUGGAAGAAGAAAUGGUUUUAUGGAGGGGAAUAGUUAAUGGUGUUAAGCUCAAUGUUUCACCUGGUUCUUCUUUUCAUUGCUCUGAGCCUGGUUGGUUUAGAGUUUGUUUUGCAAACAUGGAUGAUGAGACUAUGGAAGUGGCUCUUAAGAGAAUGCAAAUGUUUGUUGGGAAACCUAAAGAAGAGGAAAUGGUGGUUGUAGAAAGGAACAAACGUUCCAAGAGUAUUAUUCUUAGGCGCCUAGGCAGCUUCUCAUCAUCAAGGAGGACAAUGGAAGAAGCUAUCAUGCCACCAUGCAUUUUGUCACCACAGUCACCUCUUGUUAGUGCAAGGACAUAA